AUGGAUAUUGGAACACCUCCGCCGCCACCACCACCACCCUACAUCGGAGCAACUCCCACCACCACCACCACCACCAACAGGCCUCCAGUUUACAACAACGGCGGUAUUGCAGCAGACAUUCCUCAAAUACCACACCACCACCACCAUCCAUCCUCUCAUUCUUCUUCGUCGUCGGCAUCUUCGUUAAUCAUAGUGAUGAUAGUUAUCUCCUCCGCUAUUAUCGUCUCCGCCACCGUCUACCUCCUUAUCCGCUUUCUCUCUCGCCGCUGCAACCGUUCCCUCCGUACUACGUUUUCCCCCACUGACGACGUCGUUUCCGACAACAGGGAUGAAAACGAGAACGUGCAUCAUCACGUGAUCUCUUUUGGUAACAAUGGAGUGGAGUCGCUUCCGCUCUUUAGAUUUUCUUCACUCACCGGGAAAAUCGCCGGCGGAGACUGUGCGGUGUGUUUAUCCAAAUUUGAAGGUGUAGAUCAGCUCCGGCUUCUUCCAUUAUGCUGUCAUGCCUUCCACGCAGAGUGUAUUGAUGCUUGGCUCAAAUCUAAUCAGACGUGUCCGCUCUGCCGGUCGACGGUGAAUCCUACCGAAGACGAUGUACUGAACAAAAUAGUCUCGGCCUCCGCAGGCGGCGGUAGAGUCGGUAGAAACAGAAGCAACAGUUUUCGGAUCGAGAUUGGGAAUGUUAGCCAGCGACGAGAACCUUCCGAUUCAGACCGAAGGUCGUAUUCCAUUGGUUCGUACGAGUACGUACUCGACGACGGCUACGAGAUCUCUGUGGAAUCAACGCACAGAAGAGGCGGUUCCGACUGUACUUCAGUGGACAAGGACUCUACAGCUCCUGAACCGCCGGGACAUAAUUUAGCGGCGGAGGUCGGAGCUGGCGGCGGCAGUGGACGGCGUAAUUGGUUGCGAGAUUACGUGGAUCGCGUCUCCGUUUCUCUCUCCUCACGUACUCAAUCGCUUCGUGGUUCUGGAAGGUUCUUGACCGGAAACCUUCGCCGGAGUGAGACCGUGGAUGAGUUUGAAGCAAGUCAUGGUAGAGUCGGAGAAGAGAUCAGCGAGCUUUUCCGGUGGCUCUCGGGGAUAUAA